GACGAGUCUGAGCACGACCCGCUGGAGUGGUGGAGUCGGUACCAGCGGUUGUUCCCAUCGCUGGCCCGCCUUGCCAAGAAGUAUCUCUGUAUUAGUGCCGUGUCCACACCGUUCCAAGAGGCCUUCACUAACUACGGCCAAUUGAUGCGGGAGAAGAAAGCUCGUCUGGAUAUCGAAGUGGCGGCCCAGGUGCUCUUC